UGGUUUGACAACGCCAUCUUUGUAGGCCCCUCCGCUCGGCGCCUUCGUUCUUUUUUCCACCUCGUGUUGAAAAUUACCUUAAAAUCUACUUUUCUUCGGGGCGAGGCGAGCGAUUCGUCUAAAGUGAACAACUUCUCCAGCCUGUGCUCGCGAACGCCGACGAAGCCCUUUCGACGGACACGUUUGCGUGGCGACGGUGCGCACUUUCCUUUAGGUCACGUUUGAACGGUCCUCGUCCGGUGUUGACGACGCAGAUCCCCGUCGUCCCAGCGAACAAAGGAGCCGCGAGGCCGAUGCGCGCGUGUUCGUUCCGUCUGGAGAAAAGAUCAUUUAUGAAACAGUUUUAAAUUAAAUUAAAUCAAUCGGACACGUUUGUCACCGCGGGUCUUGGUUUCGAACGCGACAAAGCACUUAUCCUGACCGACUCGGUCCGGUUAGCAACAUCGGCUAACGUUAGCCGCGUUUGUGGACAAGCGGGGAGCUAGCUGCUAGCUUUAGCACAGAGCCGAUCAAAGCGGGACGCUCUUGUCAUCGGGCAAAAUGGCCGAAGUGUACAUUCGAGUAGCGGAGGAGGAGAACGAAGAACCCAUGGAGAUCCCGUCCGAGGAUGACGGCACUGUCCUACUCUCAACCGUGGCAGCUCAGUUCCCCGGGGCGUGCGGCCUGCGCUUCAGGAGCCCCGUGUCACAGUGCAUGCGGGGGGUCCGUCUGGUGGAGGGGGUCCUGCACGCACCAGAGAACGGAUGGGGCAACGUCGUGUAUGUCGUGAACUAUCCAAAGGACAACAAAAGAAAAAUGGAAGAGAUAGAUGCCUCUUCUGCAGUGAAAAUGAAGAGAGGGGAUAUGAAGACAUCGGACCUGAUUGUACUGGGUCUACCUUGGAAAACGACUGAGCAGGACCUGAAAGACUACUUUAGUACAUUUGGAGAAGUCAUCAUGGUUCAGGUAAAACGAGAUGCCAAAACUGGAAACUCAAAAGGAUUUGGCUUUGUGAGGUUCACAGAGUACGAUUGUCAAGAAAAGGUGGUCUCCCAGCGUCACAUGAUCGACGGGAGAUGGUGCGACUGCAAGCUCCCGAACUCGAAGGUAGAUAUGUCCUUUUGGUUACAGCAAGGUCCAGAUGAGCCACUGAGGAGCCGCAAAGUUUUUGUUGGCCGUUGCACAGAAGACAUGACCACAGACGACCUACGGCAGUUCUUUAUGCAGUAUGGAGAAGUCACAGAUGUCUUCAUUCCCAAGCCAUUCCGUGCUUUUGCCUUCGUCACAUUUGGAGAUGAUCAGGUUGCCCAGUCUCUCUGUGGAGAGGACCUAAUUAUCAAAGGUGUCAGCGUUCACAUCUCAAAUGCUGAGCCCAAACAUGGCAAUAGGCAGUUUGACCGCGCAACGCGGUUUGGGAAUGGUUUUGGAGCGCAGGCGUUUGGUAGCAGCCGUAGUGGGUUAGGGAGUAGCAGUAACAGUAGUCUGGCUAAUUUCGGUUCCUUCAGUCUGAACCCUGCCAUGAUGGCUGCCGCUCAGGCUGCCCUGCAGAGUAGUUGGGGGAUGAUGGGUAUGUUAGCUAGCCAGCAGCAGACGUCGACCUCAGGCAGCACCUCCAGUGGAACAAGCUCUAGCAGGGACCAGAGUCAGUCUUUCAGUACAGGCAACAGCAACUACGGCACCAGCUCAGCCAGUCUCGGCUGGGGAACGGGGUCAAACUCGACGACUAGUGGUAGUGGGUUUAGCUCAGGUUUUGGGUCAAGUAUGGAGUCAAAGUCAUCUGGGUGGGGUAUGUAAGUUAAGUGUUUGUAUGGUAAGUAUUGUGAGAAAGAUGAGUCUUUUCAAAAAAAAAUGUUUUUCUGGUGUUAAUGCGUAUCUGAAAACUUAACACUUUUGUGGAAGAUGUUUUGUACAUUUGGAAAAAAAGCUAAAGAUUUAAUUUAGAAAGUGUUGAAGUGAAUUGUUUACCAGGAUGUCCGACUAAAGUGCUAUUUUUGAUGUCUUGUUUGUUUGUAUCCAUUUCAACUGGAUUCUCUAAUGCAUGCAUUGUGAAAUGUGAUAUAACCAUUUUUUAAAAAAGAAAAAAGAUGCAUGAAUGUUUCCGGUUCACCAUUAUCCGGCUUUGUCAUCAACUUAAAAGGCAAUCUUGCAUUUGGAAGAAUCUGGUUGAAACCUAAAUGUUUUAAGUGCAACUUUAUUUGCAGUCAAGUUCUGUGGAAAAGCCUUCAUUGAAAUCUCUUCUGCAGUUCAUCUCUCUUCCAUUUUCCCGCGAGGAUUCUCCUCUUUGGCAGCAUUCUUGGGGUGAUAUCGGUAUCAUUCUCCCUCUUCCCACCUGUAAAUGCUAUGUCAUCAAAGAACGGCUUCACUCCGCAUGUUCUAAGAGACGGUGGGUGUUUUCACUUUUAUCCACUUUUAAAUGGAAAGAACUGCGCAACUGACAUUUUAAGAACUGAUGAGUGCGAUUGAGGAUGGCUUGUGGCGAAGAGUGAAGCGAUGAGUGAGCGAACGGAGAGACGCGUGAAACGGACUGGUUGUGCGGUGAAAGAGCCCAAGUUGACUGCUUUUUGAGUGUGUGAGUGGAAGCUGCGGAUGCGACGAGCGUCUCCCCUAACAUGGACAUUCUUUAAUUAGAACUUCAAGAUUUUUCCUUUUUUUUAAUCUUUGCAAGUUUUUCCUUACUCUUUAAGUAUGUCGAUCAAGUGCAGAAUUAUCAAAAUGUAGUGGAAUGUUGUGAUGAAUAUUUGUAUUGCUUAUAUUAUCUGAUUUGAAUGCUGUAUGGUGUGUGCUUUCAUGUUUUUGAACUGAUCUGUAAGUGUGUACUUGCUGUGGAUGACACCUGCUGAAGACUCUGGGGGACGCGAGUGAUUUGUGUGCGAACGUGGAGUGGUGUGUCCAAUGGUUCCCAGUAGCUCUCGUUGUUUGUGAGGUGUUUAAAAAUGUCAAAUGAAGGGAGUUCUCUAAUAAAGUUCAUUUGAAUAGA